AUGUCUGAACCAGCCCAAAAGAAACAAAAGGUCGCCAACAACUCUCUAGAGCAACUAAAGGCCGCCGGUACCGUCGUCGUUGCCGAUACUGGUGAUUUCAGUUCCAUCGCCAAGUUCCAGCCUCAAGACUCCACCACCAACCCAUCUUUGAUCUUGGCCGCUGCCAAACAACCAGCUCACGCCAAGUUGAUCGAUGUCGCUGUCGCAUACGGUAAGAAGCACGGUAAGACCACCGCAGAACAAGUAGAGAGCGCCGUAGAUAGAUUGUUGGUAGAGUUCGGUAAGGAAAUCUUGAAGAUUGUCCCAGGUAGAGUUUCUACCGAAGUGGACGCCAGAUUAUCUUUCGACACUCAAGCUACCGUUGAAAAGGCUAGACACAUCAUCAAGUUGUACGAACAAGAAGGUGUCUCUAGAGAAAGAGUCCUUAUCAAGAUCGCUUCUACUUGGGAAGGUAUUCAAGCCGCCAAAGAAUUGGAAGAAAAAGACGGAAUCCACUGUAACUUGACUCUAUUAUUCUCCUUUGGCCAAGCCGUCGCUUGUGCCGAAGCUCAAGUUACUUUGAUCUCUCCAUUCGUCGGUAGAAUUCUAGACUGGUACAAGGCCAGCACCGGUAAGGAAUACGCCGGUGAAACCGACCCAGGUGUCGUUUCCGUCAAGAGUAUUUACAACUACUACAAGAAGUACGGCUACAAGACCAUUGUUAUGGGUGCCUCUUUCAGAAGUACUGACGAAAUCAAAAACUUGGCUGGUGUUGACUAUCUAACAAUCUCUCCUCAACUAUUGGACACAUUGAUGAACAGUACUGAGCCUUUCCCAAGAGUCUUGGACCCCGCCACCGCCAAGAAGGAAGCCGGCGACAAAAUCUCGUACAUUAACGACGAAGCUAAGUUCAGAUUCGACUUGAACGAAGACGCCAUGGCCACCGAAAAAUUGUCCGAGGGUAUCAGAAAGUUCUCUGCUGAUAUUGUCACUUUGUUCGAUUUGAUCGAAAAGAAAGUCACUGCUUAA